AUGCACUCGCUUUCCGAAGAGCAUGAAUGCUCUGACCGAUUCUGCCCUAUUGGAACAUUCUGCGACUUGCACGAAGUUGCUUGCCAGAAACCGCCAUGCAAACCAAUGACCGUGUGUCUUCCCGACAGUGUCAACGGUUGCAAAGGCCAUCCGAAGUGCCCGUCAGGACAGACAUGCGUUGAAACUCCUACUUCAUGUAUCAGCCGAAGCUGCAAAAGAAUAGCAAAAUGCAUAGCUGCUUGA